AUGAAGAACAUCGUCGUACUAGGCGCUGGCCUUGGUGCUAUACCAGUCAUUCGAAAUGCCAUGAAGGACAUUGUCCUCAGCAGCAAGGACUACAAGCUCAUCGUUGUUGCCCCCAAUACCCACUUCCACUAUCCCAUUGCGAUGCCCCGUGUCAUCGUUCCUGGACAAAUUCCCGAGGACAAGGUAUUUCUCCCUCUCGACUCGCUGUUCAAAUCAUACCCCGCCGAAAAGUUUGAAUUCUUGGUUGGAGAGGCCAAGACCCUUGCUCCCGCAGACAAGACCAUCACUGUCUCGCUCAACGCCGGUGAGGAGCGCUCAGUGACUUAUGACGCCCUCAUCAUCGCCACGGGCGCUUCCUCCAGGGAUAGCAUGCCAUGGAAGACUGUCGGCACCACCGAGAAGACCAAGGAGGAGGUCACGAGGAUCCGCGAAGAGAUCAAGAAUGCCAAGACCAUCGUCGUCGCUGGUGGCGGUCUUACGGGAAGUGAGACGGCGGGCGAGCUCGGUUUCGAGUACGGCAAGAGUGGAAAGAAGGAGAUUUACUUUGUUCACUCCGACCCCCAGCCGCUGUACUCCCAGACGCUUGACAGCGUUCGCAAGCAGGUCAGGAUUGAGCUGGAGAAGAUGAAGGUCAAGCUCAUCUCCAACUCCACCGUCACCAGCACAAAGCGCGACGGUAGCGACAUCACCGUGGAGAUCCUGAACCAAAACGGCGAGACAAGGACGAUCAAGGCUCAGGCCUACAUCCCAGCAACUGGAGUGGUGCCCAACAGCGGCUUCGCACCCAAGGAGCUGCUCGAUGAAAGGGGCUACUUCAAGCAGACAAAGACUCUGCAGUUGGAGGGCCACAGCGACAUCUUCGUCGUCGGCGAUGUUGGCAACAAGGAGCCCUCCAAGGCUAUGAUCACCGAGGCGCAGGCCAACCAUGUUAUCAAGGCUCUGCCUGGCUUCAUCCUCCGCAAGGAGUCUGUCCCAGAGUACAAGCCGGCGGACAAGGAGAUGGCCGCUGUCACCCUGGGCCGAAGCAAGGGCACGGGCCAGAUGGGCAACAUGAAGCUGCCCAGCUUCAUGGUCUGGUUCCUCAAGGGCAGGUCGAUGUUCGUCGAGAAGGUGCCAUCCUUCCUGGUGGCCAAAUAA